CCGGAAACGGAACAGAAAAGGGGUGUAUCUAUAGUGCUCCGCAGAGAAGUCACAUUGGUUUGAUCUGUAAUAUCCGACUAAAUACAUAUAUACAUAUAUAUUUAAGCUUCUACUCAGGAGUCAUGGACGAAGUGACAGGCGCUCAACUCAUUGCCGAGUCUCUGAAAACUCAGAAAGUGGAGUACAUGUUUGGGAUAGUCGGUGUCCCUAUCAUUGAAGUGGCCAUGGCUGCACAGGCUGCUGGGAUCAAAUAUGUGGGAAUGCGUAACGAGCAGGCGGCGUGCUAUGCUGCAUCUGCGGUUGGAUACAUAACAGGCAGACCAGGAGCCUGCCUGGUGGUGUCUGGACCUGGACUCAUUCAUGCUCUGGGUGGGAUGGCUAACGCUAACAUGAACUGCUGGCCAGUGCUCGUGAUCGGCGGCUCCUCGGAUCGAAACCAGGAAACAGCAGGGGCCUUUCAGGAGUUUCCCCAGGUGGAGGCGUGCCGCCUCUACAGCAAGUUUACCGCCAGGCCCAGCAGUCUGGAAGCUAUCCCAUCAGUCAUAGAGAAGGCAGUCCGCACCAGCAUAUACGGACGCCCGGGUGCUGUUUACGUUGACAUCGCAGGGGACAUGGUCAAUGCUAAAGUAGAGCGGGACAAAGUCAGGGAAGUGUCCUGCUGUCCACCUCCACCUGUGAGUUUGGCCUCCAGCGUUGCAGUUGAAGAGGCCCUCUCUGUCCUAAAAGCAGCAAAGACACCUUUGGUCAUCAUUGGAAAGGGAGCAGCUUACAGCAGGGCGGAGGCUGUGCUGAGGGAGUUUGUGGAGGAGAGUGGGCUCCCGUUCCUGCCCACACCUAUGGGCAAAGGAGUCCUGCCCGACGAUCACCCCAGCUGUGUGGCUGCUGCCCGCUCCAGAGCUCUUCUUCAAGCCGACGUCGUUCUUCUGCUCGGAGCGAGGCUAAACUGGAUGCUGCAUUUUGGUCUGCCACCCAGAUUUAAUCCUCAUGUUAAAAUCAUUCAGGUUGACCUCUGUGCCGAGGAGAUGGGAAACAACGUGAAGGCACAUGUUGCUCUCCUGGGGGACGUUGGUGCUGUUGUAUGUCAGCUCCUGACGUGUGUCCGCAAAGAUGGCUGGAAACAUCCAUCUAAGACUGAGUGGUGGAGCGCGCUCAGCCAGAAGGUUUCCGCUAACGCAAAAAUAUCAAAGGCUCUGGCUCUUAAGGAAACAUUGCCCAUGAACUACUACACUGUGUUUCAUCACAUUUCUCAGCUGCUUCCACGCGAUUGCAUCAUUGUUAGCGAGGGUGCUAACACUAUGGACAUCGGACGCACCAUGCUGAAUAACUACCUACCCCGACACAGGUUGGAUGCGGGCACUUUUGGAACGAUGGGAGUCGGCCUCGGCUUCGCCAUAGCAGCAGCUGCCGUGGAGACGACCAGGAUCAAACCCCAAAGAGUCGUCUGUGUGGAGGGAGACAGUGCCUUCGGCUUCUCCGGCAUGGAGGUUGAAACCAUGUGCAGAGCGCCUCCUGUCUCCCUUCUGCCCGACGCCCGCUACGAUGAGGUAAUGACAGCGUUUGGAGGUCGAGGGUUUCUGGUGAGGACUGCAGAGGAGCUGCGCGACGCCUUGCAGCUCAGCCUGACUGACUGGGAGAGACCGAGUCUGCUCAAUGUGCUCAUUGACCCUUCAUCUGACAGAAAGCAGCAGGAGUUUCCUUGGCUCACACGCUCCAACCUUUAAGACUCAAACCUUCAUCCAGAACGUCAUCUGAUGAGCAGUGGAAGCUUUAAAACAUGAAACUGUUUUAAUUUUAUUGAUUGUUCCUAUGAAAUAAUUAAUGUUUUAUGAUUCUUGCUACGUUUUAGGAGCUAACAACAUUUUACAGUUCACACAGUGAAACCUUUUUCACAAUAGUUAGCAUUUUCUUCUGAAAGAUUAAAUAUGACCCCUUAAGAUUAUGAAUAUUGAUACUGUUUAAUAAAAUAAAAUAAUGCUUAAAAUUAUGUGACAUGACUGUUGUCUGGGCAGACAAACCAAUAAAAGCAAAUGAGGAACUUAAAA